CAACCGAAACAGCGGCAGUGCAGAGCAGUUACUGAGCAGUGAGCAGUGGCAGUGUCGAUGUUACUGAGUAUCUGAUCGUGAGUAUUUGUGCAGUGUCCAGUCAGUACCGUUAUUGCUUAGUUGUCGCAAUUGAUUCAACAAUAUAAUAAUAACCGCAAGGCUUAUCAUUAGACUGAACUUUGACGUUAACAAAAGGAAUACUUUGAAACGAUAAUGCGCGUUAUUAUUUAAUUCUCUCCUCAUAAAAACAACAUUUAGUUAGUUCUGAACGUUAAAAGUGAAACAAGGUCUUCCUACAACACAAUGCGGUGGAAGAAUUUUGCAGUGAUUUUGCUCGUGUGUGUGGUUGUAUUGUUGGAUUCGUUCAAUGUCGAAGCAAGAAAAUACGGGGGACGUAGCAAAAGUAGAGGAUCGUCGAACAGACGUGGAACCGGAUCGAAUAGGAAACAAGUGACCAACACCUACAAAGCACCUGAAACAGCAUCAGGUGCAGCAGGCGGAGGAUGGAGUGGAUGGACUAUAGCGAAGCCGAAUAGUCAGCAAACUUCUUCAAAUACGAGAGUGCAACAACACAAACCUUCUGCGCCACCUGAUCCAAACCAUUCUUUCAUUGCAAACGAAAAGAAGCAGCAAGCAUCUUCAAAUUCGGCACCGCCCCAUGGAGGUGCACAAUCUCCACAGAAACCUAUAGGUUUUGAACAGAAGAACACUGAAAUUGAUGCUAAUAAGAAAGUGGGUUGGAACGUAGAUUCGGCGAAAUCCCAAACUCCAGGAAGCCCAGGAAAUCAAAGACCAAUCGGAUGGAAUGUGAAUAAUGCACCUUCAUCACCAGGAUCUCACGGCACUACAAAUCAGCAACAUGUAUCGUUCGUCAAUCAACCGAAUCAGCCGGCCACCAAAAACACCGCUUCUAACUUAAACAACCCGCCCCCUUACAGCAAUGGACCUCCACCACCCUAUCAACAAUAUCCUAGCAACACCGGAUACAACGCUCACCCUAAUGGGCCACCUCCACCAUACUCGCAAUAUCCUACCAACACUGGCUACAAUCAACAUUACCCUAAUCAGGGAUACAAUCCUCAGACAGGAUAUAAUCCAAAUCCCGGCUAUAACUCCCACUUUGGACCUAGUUAUUCACAACCCGGUUAUGGAAAUCAUUACGGAGGAGGAUUCGGCGGCGGUCCAUCCUUUGGCGGUUUUGGUGGUGGCUAUAACUAUGGCCUUGCGGCAUACGGAAAGCCAAAAUCUAGUUGGGGAAGCACCCUCAGUAACGUAUUAGCUGGGGCUUUCAUCUGGCAUUUGGUUAGUGGAUUGGUAUCAAAACCUUACAAAGUUAUCAAUUACAAUAACCAAGCCGAAGCGAUUCCACCUAAAAUGGAGCUUCCUCCGAAUCUAAUCACUACUUGUCCUGAGAACAUAACGAGUUUAUGUGCACCCAAUACUUUUGCUCUCUGUACAACAAACCAAACGAUCAUGUGUGUAGCCAGCGCGGCCCAAACCGCCCCAUGCGGUGAAAAUGCCAACGUUUCUUGUAUAAGUUCCACUGCAGAAGUUCCAUCGGGGCCUCCUGCUCCUAACAAAGCUCCGGAUGUUCAAAAUACAACAAUUAGCGUGCCUUGUAUUUCAAAUGCCAAAAUAACAGGGACUUUGGAAGGUGGAAAUAUUACUAGUAUUAGUGUGCCCAGUGAUAUUAUCAAAGCGUCUAAGAAUGGAGAGGUUUCCUUGUGUGUCACCACUGUGGCAAUACCGCAAACCGAUGAAGAAAUAAAAGCCCAAGAAGAAGCAGUUAAAGCCGCUCAAGCAAGCCAAACCCAAGCUCCUUGUCCUGCAGGUCAACAACCCAACGAAACGGGAAAUUGCAUCCCAAUAGUUGGCUCAACAUCUUCUAACUUACCAUCACCAGUACCGACGACAGCUCCUUCUUAAAUUUAAAACAAUUACAGUACCUGAAU